AUGGUCAUUCUUGAUGAGGCUGGUGAUAGGAUACAUGCCUCACUCAAGAAGACUCUGAUUUACAAGUUUAGAAAUGAUCUCUUUGAAGGAAAAUACUUUAGUUUUGAAAAUAUGGGUGUUGCCAACAAUGGUGGUGGUUAUAGAACCACUAAGCACACCUACAAGUUGAACUUUCAGUUCAGUUCAAAGGUUAAAUACCUCCCUGCCCUUACAAUCACUAAGUCACCUUAUCAGUUGGUUCCAAUCUCUGAAGUUAUUGGAAGAACCUAUGACACUGAUUACUUAGUUGACAUCAUUGGUGUCUUGACUAGUGUUGGAAGUGAGAGGGAACUUGAGAGGAAUGGAAACAUGACAAAGCUCAAUGUCAUUGAACUUGAGGCUGGAGGGUUCAAGAUUCAAUGUACUUUUUUUGGAAGUUAUGUAGAUGAUCUCAACAGCUUUAUAGCAAGUGGAGAUAUCCAAAAUGCUAUGGUGAUCAUCCAACUUGCUAAAGCAAAAAGCUUCCAAGAUAAAUUACAUAUUCAGACAUGUAUUGGUUGCACCAAAGUUAUUUUCAAGCCUACAUGUGAUGCUGCUGUUAGCAUGAGGAAUAGGCUGAGUGAGACUGUUGAUACCCCAUCCCCACUUGGUUUAACCCAGCUGCAACCAGAAGCAAAACUUGACCCUAGAGAAGAGUUUUUGUAUGGAACACCAAGGAACACUAUGCAGGGGCUCAAAGAUGCUACCACAAAUGAAGUUUAUGUUGUGCUUGGAACCAUUAAGAGAAUAGUUAAUAGGGAAAUUUUUUGA